AUGGGCCCACCAGUGAGAGGAGCGCCGAUGCCGUGGCAGGAACUGCAAAGUGUCGCACCUAUUGCUCGUCAAUGUGCUGUGGAGCAAUUGUUAUCUCUCUGGAAGAGACAGAAAGAUAGAACUGAUCCUGAGCCGCUCUGGGGUGACGAGAUCGAAUAUACCCUAAUCAACCUUGACGCGAACACAUCUCGAGCUACACUGCUCCUAAACCAAGAAGAGGUCCUCCGAAAAGGCACGGACGAGUGCGCCAAUGCAGAUGUUGAACCCUGGAACGAAAUCGCAUUACAGCCGGAAUGGGGUAGAUAUAUGAUCGAGGCGACCCCUCGAGAGCCAUACGGAGGGGAUAUUGCGGACUUACUAAGGGUAGAAAGCAACAUGAAGCAACGACGAAAGUUGAUCCGGCAAUGCCUAUCGCGCGACCAGCAUAUCGUAUCACUCUGUGUCUUCCCUGGCCUAGGAGUCAGAAACCAAUUUACGAUACCGGAUGAAUCUCUUGAAAACUCGACUGGCCAAAUAUACUGUCCCAUUUCACGUUACAUAAUGAUGGUCCAGAAUUUAACUGCCCGGCGACAGCGGCGUGUUGAAAGCUAUAUCCCUGUCUAUCGAGACGAGCAGACAGAAGCUCCAUUUUAUGACAAGGCUGGGUCAUUCGAGUAUCCAGCAGAACAGCAUCCCCCAGGUGACGCAAAAGAGGGCCAUAUCCAUCUGGAUGGAAUCGGUCUUGGGCUCGGGAGCUGCAGCAUCCAGGUUACGUUCCAGGCUUUUAAUGAGUUUGAAGCCCGAUGGCUGCAUGACCAGAUGAUUGCGAUGGGGCCAGUCAUGCUUGCGCUGACUGCUGCCACGCCCAUCUACAAGGGGUAUCUGGUAGACACUGAUGUGCGCUGGGAUCGCAUCUCCGAAUGCUUCGAUGACCGCACGCCGGAAGAAUUGGCUACAACACCGCCACGCUAUUCCUGGAAUCGCACAUACGUCUCCCGAGGAAAGCCUGCAGAUAUAAACAGCAAGUCCUCGCUGACUCCUAUGGACGAGACGGUUAAACAGCGCCUACUAGACGGAGGCAUGGACGAACCGCUGGCGAUGCACUUUGCCACAAUCUUAUCGCGGGAUCCAAUCAUGCUCAACCGAGCCGAUCUGGAGAAUUUCGACCCCAAUGGUACGGGCGUGUUUGAUGUGUACUACAGCAGUGUGUGGCAACACGUCCGACUCAAGAUCCCACUGAGCGAUGACGGACCCGGCUGGCGGGUUGAAUUCCGGCCGAUGGAAGUGCAGCUAACCGACUUCGACAACGCUGCCUUCUCAAUCUUUAUGUAUCUUCUCUCUCGAGCCAUUACAGACCUUCACUUGAACUUCUAUGUCCCGGUGGACAAGUUGGGGGAGUCGAUGGAGCGCGCACAAAAGCGGAAUGCCGCGGUCGAAGAGCGGAUCUGGUUCCGUCGCAGUGGAUGGUCAUCGUCGGUGGAGCAGUGUGAUCGACCACAGCGCCAGCGGAAGGGUUGUGUCAACUGCUGUGGAAAGUCCAGUGGCCAUACCUCACCGUAUGCUCUCCUUACCAUGGAUGAGAUCAUCAAUGGCGAGGACCCCAAGGUGCCGUCCAGCUUUCCGGGGCUGGUGAACAUUGUGCGGGCAUAUCUGCAGUACAAGAACACGUCCUUGAUGGAGCAGAAGAAGAUCAUGCCGUACCUGGAUGUGGUCAGCAAGCGAGCCAAUGGAGAGCUUCCGACACCAGCCCAAUGGAUGCGUUCAUUUGUAACUGGACACGAGGAGUACCGGCGGGAUAGCUACGUGGGUGAGAAGAUCCGUUAUGACCUGAUGCGGGAGAUUGUACGGAUGGAGGCGUGA